UGGAAGCAGAACCUGAGAAUACUCAGACGGUUUCGAUCUUUCGAAGAGUACAGAAGUGUUCCUUCGAGAGUCGUCAGAGAAAAACGUGCGCGUGUUUAACUCGACAUAUAUCUUCAACUGAGAGAAAAUAAAUCGAAUUGAUUGUUCAGAGUCCUAUUUGAUACUCUUGAGUUUGAUAAACAAGUAUUUGAAAAGUUAAGUGAUCAAUUUUGAUGAUCGUGUUUAUUUUCAAUCAUCGAGUUGUUGAUCAGAUGAAUACAAGACGAUUUAAUAAGCGAAGUAAAAACAUAGUGAAAGUGAACCAGUUAUUUAAAAUUCAUUGAAAUAAAUAACAAUAGUAUUGUUAUACAAAUUGAAGUUGAACAACAAUAAAGUCGUCAAAGGGAUUCAUAAUAAAGUGGUAAUGUUCGUGAAGAAAGUGUCGGUUAGUUGCGUAGACAGUGUGUACAGUAGUGGUAUUAUCUACUGUGUGGCGUCAACGUGUUAACAGUAAAUAAUACAAGGACAUGAUCCACAGCUACGUGGUAAAAAUAAACAUUGACCAAAUCAACUGAUAAACAUUGACGGUGUGUAGUGACAUAUAUAAUCGACUAUCAGUCUUUGAUUUGUUUUUCCGUUUAAGUUAUCUUCAAGGAUUUUUGUGUUCAUCAACGAUAACCUUGAAGCGUUACGAUUUCUCUAUCUCUGCUGCUAAGUAAUUACAAAAAAUUACCAAACUGUACGGCCACAGGGAGGAAGACAUGUUAACGAUGGAUACGGAUCUGAAAGGCGGCCUUCACGGGCAAAUGCCGCCGCAUCCUCAUCAAGGGGUAUCACCGAUGGGUCAUCAUACUGGAGUAUCUCCUUAUGGUGCUCUUGGAUCUAUUGUACAUAGUCCAGCAUUAUCAACUGGUAGCCCACCAAGCUCUGGUGGUUUGAGUGCGUUAUCCCUUCAGCAUCAUCAUCAAACUCAACAACAUCAUUAUGCAUCGAUGCAAGCUAUUCAACAGCAGCAACAACAACAACAACAGACUAUGCACUCGAUUGCUCAGCAACAAGCAUCUCAUCACGCACACCAGCAAUCACAGCAGCAAACUCCUCAGCAAAAUACUCAACAGCAACAACAUCAAGCUGCGAAUAAUAAUAAUACGACUAGCAAAAAUAAUAAUGUGGAUCGAGUGAAACGACCGAUGAAUGCUUUCAUGGUCUGGUCGCGCGGUCAAAGACGCAAGAUGGCUCAAGAAAACCCAAAGAUGCACAAUUCUGAGAUCUCGAAAAGACUAGGCGCUGAAUGGAAACUCCUUAGUGAAUCUGAAAAACGUCCGUUUAUUGAUGAAGCCAAACGGUUACGUGCUGUUCAUAUGAAGGAACAUCCUGACUACAAGUACCGGCCACGAAGGAAGACCAAGACUCUGUUAAAGAAAGACAAGUUCCCUCUUGGUGGUGGUGUUGGAGUUGGUGGUAUGCUAGCAGUGGAUCAACGACAAGUGAAUGCGGUUAAUCAAGCUCAACAAUCGCAGUUGCCGCGUGACGUUUAUCAAAUGCCCAACGGGUACAUGCCUAAUGGAUACAUGAUGCAUGAUCCGACGGCAACAUAUCAGCAACAUGCAACUUAUGGAGGACACUUGGCAGCGGCCGCCGCUGGCUAUCCGCGAUAUGACAUGAAUAAUCAUCACGUGAGCGGCGGUGGUACCAUAAGUCCUGUUGGUCAUUACUUGAAUGGUCAAUAUCCUGGUUAUGGACCAACAACGAUACCCAGAGGUUCACCACCCUAUUAUCCAGCUCAACCAGGCUCUCAAAUGUCCAGUCAUAGCCCAAGUGGGAGCAGUAUCAAGUCCGAACCCACCAGUCCAGCGAGCGGUGGUAUUCACACACCAACACCAAUUGUCACCUCAUCUUCUGCUACAUCAGGCGUCAAAAGAGAAUUCAUGGCUCAACAGCAACCUCAACAAUCUCAAGGUGAUCUCAGGCAAAUGAUCUCCAUGUAUCUACCACAGAGUGGUGAACAAGGCAUUGUUCAACAUGGAUCUGGUGUCUAUUCCCCUGGACCUUCGCCUGAUCCUCUGGUUCAACAUCACACGACCAUGCCAACGUCGCUCAAUCACCACCACAUGGCAGAAAGUGAUCGUAAAAUGCUGAAUCCUGAGACUGGUUGCUACACAGACUCCGUUCGAACAUGGGAUUGGAACGCGACAGGUAGUAGUCGCGUUCAAGAAUCUUGGCCUACGUGAGCUGUUAAUAUGCAGGCUGCGUCCCUGCCGCAACGACGACGGUGGAUUGCAACCCCUAACUGUCGCGAGCAAUAUGGUACGAAUACGUUAAUACAUGCACGCGCCAAUUUCCCUCGAGAUCGUCACCCUAAACUGCAUACAAGACGAAAGAAUACACGAAGAAAGACCACAAACUACUGCCUACGCAUUCGUACACCAAAAUGGAUCCUUAAAUCCCGUCGCCGUCAUCAUUCAGCUCUUGGUCUCAAGUAUCCUCAUUUGACCCGCCAAUCGACGACCAAAACGAUAGCCUAGUGGAUCCUACUGUGUUAAUAAAAUCUAACCUCAAAGCGAGAUGAAACCUCGCAUUUAUCAUCAUUAUUGUAAUUAUUAUUAUUAUCAUUAUUUUUAUCCCUUAUUAUUAUUAUUAUUACAAUUAUUGUAUUAUAACUAAGUAAAAUUCGUUGAUAUUAAAAUCGUUAAAUUUCGUAGGAUUUUGAAUUAUAAAUGGAAAUAAGAAGGAGAGAACGAGUGAAAUAAUGUGAUAAAUAAUUGUAAAAUGUGUGGUUGUUGUAUGAAUGAAAAAGAAAAGAAGAAAUAAGACGAGCUGUAUAACUUCCGGUUUGAAUAUACAUAAAUAUAUUUUUUUUUCUUUUAAUUUAUUUAUUAAUAAAGAGUUAUAUAUGAACGGAUGCACCUGACUCGUAUCCCAAAAACAAUUUUUCUAACCUGUAUAAGAUACGUUUGUACAGUAUAACACAGCAAAAGAGACGAUCGGCUCGUUAAUAAUUCCAGAAGGAAAGCGUACGCUCCCGGAAUACGCGUCGCAUGCUUUUACGUGAGCGCAUGAUCUUUAUCGUCUGCGAAGAGCGCAGCGUGGGGCUUAUUCGAGAACACCCACGUGUACCCAACGGGAUAUCUCAAGAAAGGAGAGAUACAGAAGCACCGAAAAUUCUUUUGUGGUUUUGAGAAACACGGGGCUAAAUGGAAACUAAGAAAUUAUACGAGAAAAAUGUCAGGAUAAAGUCAGGCUACUUGAAUAUUUCAAUAACUAAAAAUCACGGCAUUGUUGGCAAGAGGAUACUCGUUAAAAUUGAUUGAAAAGCUGGAAAAAUUUUAGAUAACACUUUUGUUUAUUAAAUUGGCUUUGGGAGCAAUCAUUUUUAUUUUUGAGAUUAUUUUUAAUGUAUAAAUAAAUAGCAGAAAUUAUUAGAAAUGUUUUAAGGUAGUUCUAGCAUGUAGGAGCAGGUUUUAAACAUGAAUAAAAACAGGGUUAAAAGAGGAUUAAAAUUAAAAACUAAUGUAUAACAAAAAAAAAUCUUCUUUCUAUUAAUUUUCUAAAAUUAACAAUUAAUUUUCGAAUUUAAUUCGUACACUGCAAAUCCAAGUGUUUAAUAAUUAAAUACUUUAAGUGUUUUAUUACUAAACAUUUGCAUUUCCCCGGAUUUGUAGUGUAAACUAAUGUAAAA